AUGAUCAAGACGCGGAGACUCUUCUUUGAACGCGGUGCGCGAUACCCGCUUAGGUUUGCAAUGCUGCCGCUUCUUCCGGCCCUGGUUCGACAGGUGCAGCUUUGCUGCGCCGGUGCGGCACUGCAGCGACUGGCUUUACCGGAAGUCCUGGCAGAUCGACGCAAGUAUUUGCUGCUUUGUACACGGGGUCUCGAAGACCAGGCCGAGGCCUUGCUUUGGAGGAGCCUUGGUCGGGAGGUUCCAAGCUGGCGAAUACCUCCACCCCAAGAUUUGCCGCGUGUUAGCGAAGGCCAUGCAGCAGUCGGGAAGCUGGUUAUUGGGCUCAAAGACGGCGAGGACUUCCCUUGUGGAGGCAUUCCUGGAAUCAUCCACAUUUAUGCCUUGGUGGAUUCUGCCACGGGGCUUUCCGAUGACAAGGAAGCGGCCAUGAAGCAGCUUCUCACUUGGACGACAGGUUUGGGUCCGGAGUUACUGACGGCUGUCCGGCUAACACCUGCAAGCACGGCCACCGAAGCCACCUUCCGCGCUUCGGUCGUGCGAGACGGGGAGCACAACUUCACGUCCGAGGAGUGGGAAGAUGGGUAA